CGCAGUGGGGGGGGGAUGUCGUGACGUUUACGUGCACACUUCGUUCUUUCCAAAAUAUCGAGAAAAAGGAAGAGGAUUUAUAAUUGAUGUGAUCAAAACGAUGGACGCUCUGAAUUAGAGAGGGUAGCAAGCGGUUCAACUUCAUAGCUUGCUGAUUUAAACCAGCUUAAGAAUUUUUUUUUAAUAAGAAAAGAAACGUGUGUUUGGUCCCGCUUUCCAUGAGUGUCUAGGGGCCUACACCAACCAAGAAUGUAUCCGUCUUGGGGAAAGUAUGGCGGUGGACAUCAACAUCCUCCUCCUCCACAUUACGGUAUGAAACCGCCGCCUGUGAGGGGUCCACCGCCCCCAGGGGGAAGCCAUGGGCCAUACGGGGCGCCGGGAAGCUAUGGCUCAGGUCCGGCCUCUAACUUCUCGAGUCUGCGGGAGCAGCAUUUACAACAGAUGCAGCAACUGCAGCAGCUCCAUCAAAAACAGCUCCAAUCAGUGCUGCACCACAACAGUGGGCCGUACAGUGGCGGAUCCGGUGGAUCGGGUGGAUCGGGGUCCUGGCGUGGAAGUGCACCGGCCUUUGCCCCUCCGGGUCCUGGGGGGUCUGCGCCGGCCACUUACCAGCAGCAGCACCAGAGGGGUCCCCCGACAGCCGCACAGCAGCCUCACCACACGCCGACGCUACCCCCGCCUCAUCCCACAACCGACCCCAGCCCCUCAGUGCCUUCCCACAGCAACGCCAGUAAAAGUGCACCGCAGCAAGGGGGUACAAACGCGAGAGCGACGGACAAAAAGGAAAGCGAUGCCACCAAGCCGGAGGAAGAGAAAGCAGACUUGUCUUCAAUGACGUUACAGGAGCAACAGCAGUACUGGUACAAACAGCACCUCCAGAAUUUACAGAAGUUAAAACAUGAAAAGGCUAAAGAGAAGAAGCCGCAGGAGGAAUUUCGCACCCCGGCCGACAAACAGACCACAAAAACUCCCCCUCCACCCGUGGAGCCCCCCAAAAAUGAGCCUCCUCCGCCACCUCCCAAAGAGCAGCCCCCUCCACCUCCUCCACCAGAGGACUCUAAGCCCACCGUGAUCACGAGGGCGGAAGACCCGGAGGAAGAGGUUCGCCUGCAGCAGCUCCAGGCUGCAGCAGCUCAGUGGCAGCAGACCCAGCAGCAGAGAGCGGGCUACCAGUAUCAGGCCCUCAUGCAGCAGCACACACAGCUGCAGCACAUCCUGCAGCAGUACCAGCAGUUCAUGCAGCAGCCGGCACACCUGCAGAAGAUGCCCAUCGAUAUGCAACUUAGGCACUACGAGCUGCAGCAGCAGCAGUUUGUUCCACUUUACCAGGAGUGGGACCGGCAGUUCAAAAUGUGGCAGGAGCAGUUUCAGUCCUACCCGCACAAGGAUCAGUUGCAGGAUUAUGAAUGCCAGUGGAAACAGUGGCAGGAGCAGAUGAAAUCCACUUCUUCCCACCUGCAAGAAAGGGUGACAACCCUUCGGACAAUGCAGCACCAAUAUACCACCACCCCAUAUAUGGGGAUGAUGGGGAUGCCACAAUAUGGACAGUACCACCGGACCGCUUCAGAAGCUCAGAUGCCACCACCUCCAACUUUAACCCCUGCUCCUCCAGUCCCUUCAGAGGUACAGCCUUCCUCUGCCUCAGUUCCUCCUAUACCGGGACCCCGGCCCCAGGGUAUUCCACCUGCCCCAGGACCUUCGCCACAGAGUGGUCUGCCUGUUCCCCAUCCGCCGGGACCCCCGCCUCAGGGGGUUCCCCCUCCACAGGGACCCCCGCCUCAGGGCAUUCCUCGUCCGCCAGGACCCCCACCCCAGGGGGUUCCCCCUCCACAGGGACCCCCGCCCCAGGGCGUUCCCCCUCCACAGGGACCCCCGCCCCAGGGCGUUCCCCGUCCGCCAGGACCCCCGCCCCAGGGCGUUCCCCGUCCGCCAGGACCCCCGCCCCAGGGCGUUCCCCGUCCGCCAGGACCCCCGCCCCAGGGCGUUCCCCAUCCGCCAGGACCCCCACCCCAGGGGGUUCCUCCUCCGCUGGGACCCCCUCCCCAGGGGCCCCCAAUACAGAAGGCUCAAUUGCUUCAGGGACCCCCACAGCAGGGUCUUCACCCUCCCACAGGGACACCUUCUUUAGUACAGCAAAGUGCUCAAGGUCUUUCCACUCCAAAUCACAUAUCGCCCCCAACAACCACAACAACUUCAGAAACCCAGCCGCCAUCUUCCCCAGCUCCAGGGAAAUCGAGUCCUACAUCUGCUCAAUCAGCUGUUUACACUUCUGCUGGACUGUCUGGCCCAGGAGUGAGGCCAUCUGGGCUGCUGCCCACUCCCAGUGCACCGUCCCGUUUUGAAGGCCCUAGAGGUCCAAGGUUUGAUGGUCCUAGAGGGCAUGGUGUUCCUAGAUUUGAGCAGCAGCAGAGAUUUAAUGCCCCACCUCGGUUUGAGCCUCCUCCCAGAGCAGAGCAGCCAAAGAGGUUUGAUCAGCCCCCCAGAAGCACCCAGCCAACACGGUUUGGAGCACCACCAAGAUUUGAACAGCCUCCGAGGCCAAGCCCACCAUCUCGGUUUGAAAGGCCCCCUGGAUUUCAGCAGCCUUCUAGGUUUGAUGUAUUGGCCAAGGCGGAGCCUCCGAAAGCCCCAGAAAUUAAACCACAGGGAAGUAAAGACGUGAGUUCUUCUAGCGCCAAAGAUUCCCAGCCUGAAGGUCAGCAUGAGCAUUGUAAACCAACAGUAGUUACUCAAGUUGCUGCUGGAGACAUGUCAGCAAGGGAAACGCUAACGGAUGAUUUCCUUGACACAGAAUGUGGAUUUUUUGUCCAAAGUGAUCCAAUUCCACAGACCACAUUGAACAGGGCAGCACCUUUAAGUAAGCCAAAUGAGUCUAGUGGAGAGAUGGCAAACAAACAGCAGCAGAUGUCAGAGACAGCCAAGACCGCUGUAUCGGCAGCUUCUGCUGAUCCUCAAAAGCAGGCUGCCUCCCAUAAAAACUCAUUUAAUCAGGGAGAAGUGAAAACCAAGAAUGAAGGAAAUACUGACGCCCAACCUCAGCUUCCUGAACAGAUUCCCUCAAAACCAGAACCCCCUAAACCACCUCAGUCCUUUUCGUCUGCAGAUAAUCAUAAAGCUCAGACACCUACGGGCCGGGGAAGGGGGCGAGGUCAGGGGAGAGGCCGAGGAUGGGGCCGAGGGCAAACUGGAGGACCAGGUUUUGGUAGUAGUUCCGGUUUCCCUCCUAAUCAGCGGACAGAGGGCUUUGAGCACAAGCCUUACGAUUACAGACCACCUUUCCGCGAGAACAGGGAGAGAAGCCAGGAGGAGGAGGGCUAUGAUUGGCAGGAUCCUUCUGUAGACAGGCGGGGGGGGCUGGACAGCAGGUUACCUCCACCCCCGGAUGAAAUAUGGGGCAGAGAGGGUGAGGAACAUUACCAUAAAGAUUUUUACGAGGAUCAUGGAAGGCGAGGCCCCCCCUUAGAAAGAGAGCCCCUGGAUGGUCCUGGGAGAGAGAGGCACUGGGAGGAGCCAGAACCCAACUACUGGGAAGAUGGCGAUCCAUACUGGAGGGAAGAGAGGCCACAGUUCCGGCAUAAUUCCCCAUUUCCUCAUGAUGUUAGAGAACCUAGGUGUCCCCCUCCUUUUCCUCAUGAUUAUGUUGCCCGGGGUCCAAGGCGCCCCACUAUUCCUCCUGAAGCCUUGGAUCGGGAUCCUAGAGGCCCCCCUCUCCACCAUGAUGUCACAGAAAGAGAUACCAGGGGACCCCCCCCACACCAUGAUGUCCUGGAAAGGGAUCCCAGAGGACCCCCAGUCCACCAAGACAUAGAAAGCGAUUCUAGGCGCCCCCCUGUUGGCCGUGACAUUAUGGACAGGGAGCACAGGGGACCCCAUUUUCAUCAUGAGGUCUUGGACAGAGAGCCUAGAUGGCCCCAUGCGCCCCAUGAUAGGGAACCCAGACACCCUCCUCUCCCUCAUGAAAUACUGGAGAGGGACUCCAGGCGACCACCGUUAAGUCAUGAAAUCAUGGAAAGAGACACUCGUCGCCCCCCACCUUCCCAUGACACUGUAGACAGAGAUAUGGGACGUGGAGAGUACUUCGGGGAGUAUGAGCAAGAGUUUGUGCCAGAGCCUGACAGAUAUGGAAGGCCUCACCCAGAUUACCACAGCCGGAAUUUUGAGCAAGACACGGACCAGAAUUACUAUCAUCCAAGAAAUGAGUGGGAAGUAAAAGAUCGUGGCUGGGAUUACCCUCCAUGUCCUCCACGGGCACCGCCAGAGCCCUUUAGGGAGGACAGGUGGCCUCAGGACAGAAACCGGGACUAUUUAUACGAUAGAGGAGCACAAGACAGGGGAGAGCUGAGGGUGCGGGAGUACCCAGAGGAACCUGCCUACAGAGGGGAGGAGCAGCAGUACCCAGCAGAGUGGAAGAGAGAACCUCUGCCUGACAGGACGUUCGCACCAGAGAUUGAUGACCGCAGACCUCCAUUUGAAGGCCAUUUGGAGACUUCCAUGGAUUUGCCUCCUCCUGGGCUCCCUACUCAGCCUAGUAAUCCCCCAGAAAAUCCUCUAGAAGACUCCUCUGGAACUGGAAAGGGCAUUCUGGCUCUUUCGCAAAGACAGCAUGAGAUUAUUCUGAAAGCUGCUCAGGAGCUCAAGAUGAUAAGGGAACUACAGGAGAAGAAAAAUGCUAUAAAUGAGUUUUUCAAACCUGAAGGAACUGAGCAAGUACUUCAGCCAGAGGUGGCUUCAGCAGGGAUUAUGGGAUUGGAGAUCCCCCCUGCAGUGACAGGGGCUUUCAAGACAGGAAACCUGCUGCCCAGUGCUAGCCUGGCAUCUGCAUCUACAGCUCCAGCAAUGCCACCUGAAGCUCAGGCCUGGGGUGGUGAUAGUUUACAUAGCGCCUGGGACACCAGAAGCACUGCGCAAGCCACAGAUCCAAGCUUUGUGAUGUCAGACACUACACCACUGGCAGCCCCCAUGCUCGGCAAACCUGUUGUGCUUCCCAAGACUGUGGAUUAUGGACAUGGACAUGUUUCAGAUCCUGUGUCAAAAGUUGAGCAGAUCUCGUAUGGCGAAAGGAUCAUCCUAAGACCAGAUCCAGUACCUACAGAGAGACCUUAUGAAAAAGAACCACUUGUCCCAUAUGACAGAGAUCCAUAUUACGAGAGGCGAGUUGAUCCGUAUUUGGAGCGCCGGGAGUAUGGAAGGGAGAGGGAAAGGGAACGAGAGAGGGAUAUGUAUCGUGAGAAGCCUCCUAUGGACUACGACAGGGAGCGAUACGAGAGAGAACGAUACCCCAGAGACGAGAGGCUGCCACCAGGCCCAUCCUCUCGGUCAGGUGGCUUCAGAGACCGGGACAGGGAGGGCAGGGACAGCAGAGACAGAGAGCGUGAGGGCAGGAGCAGCAGAGACAGAGAUGUUAAAGAGCACUUUGGCAGGCCUGGAUAUGACCGACUACCCUACGAGCGCAUCCCUGAUCGCCCUCUCUUUGACCACAGCGCUCCUGCAUUUGGGAGUGACAGGAGGAGUUACCCUGAAGAGAGGUUGCCUGCUCCGCCUUUGCCUCCUCACCCUCCUGCUCCGCCACGAGUCGAAAAGAAACCCGAAACCAAAAACGUGGAUGACAUCCUCAAACCACCGGGCAGAGAGAGCCGCCCUGAAAGGAUUGUCGUCAUCAUGAGAGGACUCCCUGGGAGUGGAAAAACGCAUGUAGCAAAACUUAUCCGGGACAAGGAGGUGGAAUUUGGCGGGGCGCCUCCUCGAGUUCUGGGGCUUGACGAUUAUUUUAUGACGGAGGUGGAAAAGGUUGAGAAGGAUCCCGAUACAGGAAAGCGUGUCAAACAAAAGGUUUUGGAAUAUGAAUAUGAGCCAGAGAUGGAAGAUACCUAUCGCAACAGUAUGCUCAAAACCUUCCGUAAAACCCUGGAUGAUGGAUUCUUCCCCUUCAUCAUUAUUGACGCUAUUAAUGAUAGAGUUAAAUACUUCGAUCAGUUCUGGAGUGCAGCCAAGACUAAAGGUUUUGAGGUGUACUUAGCUGAAAUCUCUGUAGAUAACCAGACAUGUGCCAAGAGGAACAUUCAUGGACGCAAGCUAAAGGAUAUUGCAAAGAUGGCCACUAACUGGGAGUCGGCCCCUCGUCACAUGGUGAGGCUCGACAUAAGGUCCUUAUUGCAAGAUGCUGCUAUAGAGGACGUUGAGAUGGAGGAUUUUGACCCAGCAGAAGAAGAGCAGAAAGUAGAAGCCAAGAGAGAGGCAGCAGAAGAGGAGGAAGCGGAUCUGGGUUACAUUCCAAAAAGCAAAUGGGAGAUGGACACCUCUGGGGCAAAACUUGACAAGCUGGACGGGCUGGUGAGCAGCACGAAAAGGAAGCGGGACUGGGGCCGCAUGACAGACAUGGAGGACUACCUGCAGCUGCCAGAUGACUACGCCACCCGCAUGUCGGAGCCAGGAAAGAAAAGGGUGAGGUGGGCAGAUCUUGAAGAGAAAAAAGAUGCCGAUAGGAAGCGCGCUAUUGGUUUUGUGGUUGGACAGACAGAUUGGGAGAAAAUAACAGAUGAAAGCGGACAGCUUGCUCAGAGAGCACUCAAUCGCACAAAGUAUUUUUAACAGAACGUUUUCCAAGCAAAUCGUUCGGGAACAGGUUGUUACCUGGUGUUAUCUUGAAUGUGAAGCGGUUCUGAGCUGUGAAAGCAUCAUUUCUACAUACUCCUGGAUACUCCUUCAGUGGUUCUUCAUUUUAAAAAAGAUAAUGUUGCAAAUGUUCUUUUUAUAGUGAAUCCUUUUUGCAGGGUAAAUGAGCACUCUGUAAUUAGAAUCACAGUCCGGACUAAAGAUCCUAUUGGUUUCUUUAAAUUGUUAGCUGUCUUUGCAGUUUUUAUACUUUGUAUGUACUGUAUCUAACCUGUGAGCACUGUUGGUUAUUUUACCAUUAAAAAAUAAAUAAUAAAAAAAUCCAAAAACAA